AUGCAGUACUCUGUGUGCAAGCUGCGUACCCACCAGUGGUGUUUCCUCUUCUUCAACGUGCUACUCUUCCAUGCCUUAUUGUUUGGGGCUGACUUUGUUGAGGAGUACCUCCUGCAGCCUACACCUGGGAUCUACACUGAUAGCUCUGUUAUUGAUGUAAGGGAGAGAGCAAGGAAACUAGACCUGAGCAGUGUGAGAGAGAAUGUGUCCCAGGCCUACCCCAUCACUAACCCUAAUGCUUGCAGAAACUCGGACCUCUUCAUCCUCACUCUGGUGUUCAGCUCCCCAUCUAAUGUCACCCAAAGAGAUGCAGUCAGGAGGACAUGGGCCAACCAGACCCUCAUCCAAGGCUUCCCAGUGCGUUUCCUGUUCUUUUUAGGAUCAACUCAGACUUCUGCUGCACAAGAGGUCCUCAUGAGAGAGUCUGCCCACUACGGGGACAUGGUCCAGGGUUACACUGUGGCUGACACGUCUCUCCACAGCUCAACAGAAAGGACAGUGCUGGCUCUCCGCUGGGUGAUUGCCUUCUGUCCUCUGGCACGUUUUCUUCUGCUGACCAAGGACUCCGUAUUUGUAAACCUCCCUGCCAUUGGAGGCUACCUGCUUGGGCUGCACAGGCACCCUGAAGACUUUUAUCUAGGUAGGGUCAUCCAGAAAGACCCCCCUGAUCGGGACCCCAAUAGCCCUGGCUACCUCCCCCGAGCUCUCUACCCAGACAAGUACCUUUCUGAAUACUGUGAUGGGGCAGCCUAUGUUCUAUCUCAGGAUGUGGUUCGAAAAGUGUAUAUAGCAUCUGCAGUGGUCCAUGCACCAGUGCCACCUGAUGUUUUUGUGGGUCUUUGUGCUCACAAGGCUGGUGUGGCACCGACCCACAGUGCCAGAUUCUCAGGAGAUAAACAUAUCAGCUACAAUGUCUGCUGUUCCCGCUACCUUUUCAGCUCAGCAGGACAUGAAACAAUGUGGGCAGACCUGGGACAAAAGGGUGGAAAAUGUUCCCUUUUAGAGACCUACACUGGUCUGGUGAAAUGCAAGGCUCUGACAUACCUGGAUAAACUGCCCUUCUUCAGAUCCCAGGGGCAAAUCAGCGAAUAA